AAAAAAAGAGCGAACAGGAGACCGCGGGGGGAUCGAGCGACUUCUUCUUCACUUCGUGGGCGGCGGCGGCGGACAGCAGUCCGCGGCGUCUCUUUUCGUCGGAUCUGGGCGGGAGCUACAGACGGAUUGAGCCAAGGCGAUGGCUUGUCCUGUGUGCAAGCAUCCAAUCGCCAUAUGUCGUGAUGGUCAAGGAGCGGCUCGGGACUUGAGGAUAAAGAUGACAGGCCAUUACUGCUAUUUCUGGGAUGGAAUGUAUAUUCCUUGUGCUAUUCGCCAUGUUCUAGCUGCCUACAUUGAACAUGAGGAAUAUGAAGCAACCCGGCAAAACAUGAAGAUCUGGGACCCAGUCAUGGUAACCCGUGAAGGGAUUCAGUUUGAGGUCAAGUUUGAAUGUACUGAGACAGCAAUCAAGAUCUAUGGUCCUGGAUGGAAUGACUUGAAUGAUACUUAUGCUGUAAGUCCAGGAUAUGUGAUCCACAUAUAUAUGCCUCCCAGUGUGUUCACAUUCUUUGUGGAUAUUGAAAGAGAUGGCAUUGUGCAAGUCCCUCUACCCUAUAUCGCUAUGGAAGGACUUAGCAUUGAAAAGCGGCAAUGUAUUGAUGAAUGUAUCUAUACAAGGGGACAAAGGCUAGAAUAUCCUGAGAUGAAGAGGAUGAUCAAGUGCGCGUUUUCCUUUUCAAGACUUCCUUGCUGCAUCUUUGUUCACAAGCUCUCAACUUGUGAUGUAGAAGGUGGAUACUUGAGGAUUCCGAAGCGAGUCAUUCAUCAGAUUGAGAACAAGACAGGACCUUUGCAAGGAGAAGGUACACUUUUGCUGCUGGAUGGACGACACACUCAGAUGGAAUCUACAUUCAAGAAGACCCAUGAUGACCGGAUGGUCAUACACGGCGGGUUCCGGGCAUAUGCCAAUACCAUGCGCUUGAAUGUAGAUGAUGUUGUGGCAAUUUGCUUUGAAACAGACGAUGACACCUCAACAAUGAAGGUAUGGAUUACCAUCAUAGCCUAGAAUUGGCCAUAUGGUAAUGAUUUGAGAGCAAGCUGCUGGAUAUCGCCCUUCGUAACUGUUGAACUCCAUUGUCGGAUGUAUGGAGAAUUAUAUUUUGAAUGGUUUACCGACUAUCUAGAUUUGGGUACCGCUCCUUAAUCUUUAGACGCUGAACUUUUGAAAAUCUGUCAUGUGUUGCAGACCAUCCUCUAUAUUUGUAAUGUUCAGUAACUCAACUUUGAAUCGUUUACAUGUGUCGAAACA